GUAAAUUCAGGGUAUGCAGUGACACUGCCGUGGACAACAAGAAUGAAAAUCGCAUUCGGAGUAGCAAAAGGCCUGGAGUUUCUACAUGAAUCAGAAAACCCUGUCAUAUACCGGGAUUUUAAGGCUUCAAAUAUCCUGUUAGAUUCUGAUUACAAAGCAAAACUAUCAGAUUUCGGUCUAGCAAAAGACGGUCCAGAAGGAGAUGACACACAUGACUGUGGUGCUUUUGGAGCUUCUAACAGGAAGGAGGUCUGUGGAGAAGAACCGCCCUCAGAAAGAACAGAACCUGGUAGAGUGGCAAGGCCAAUGCUAAAUGAUCCCCGGAAACUAAACCGGUUAAUGGAUCCUAGACUUGAAGGGCAGUACUCUGAAUCAGGGGUACGAAUGGCUGCGGCACUGGCUUACCAAUGCGUGAGUCACAGGGCUAAGCACAGACCUACAAUGAGCACUGUGGUGAAGAUCUUGGAGCCCCUCCAGGAAUGUGAUGACAUUCCCAUUGGAACGUUUGUCUAUGUAGUUCCCAUGGGGAGUGACAUCCAGAAGAAGAGUGUAAGGGAAUGUGAAACUAAGAAGGAAGCGAAGGAGGAGAACAGCCACCACCGCCAUCACCACCAGAAAUCGCGCCAAGAUCUCCACCUCAGAACGGGUUGAAUUCUCCAUUGCACCCCAAAGACAAGGGAGCAUAGAGUGCUUACUAAAACAUGGUACUUCAG